AUGAGACUACUGUGCAUUCAUGACAACCCUAGCAUCGCAACACCCCGCUGUCAUAAUCUGCAAAGAUACCUUAUAAUUACCCCCGGACACCGAGUAGCCGCGAAGACAUGCGGCGGUAUCUUGCUUGUGCCGCUGCAGGAGGGUUUCUACGCGGGGUUGGUAGCAAG